UAUAGCGCUCAUAAUCAGUAAUCUCAGGUCCCUCGCUUCCAUUGGCUCAAAUAAGGGGUCGCGUUCUGCCGUCAAAAAAAGUUAUAAAUGGUGAACUUUGGAUUCAGCAAAGAUCGCGGGUACAUUGAGGGUUUGGGACUGCCCUUGGAUAAACCUAAUUUCGUCCUCGGAAGCUCACCUUUGCUCCCUCAUCAACAUGUGAUUCAUGAGGUUUACAUGAAAAAAGUGAGAGAAUUGGGGAAGACCUAUGUCGGGUAUGACAACGCCCAACCGAUUUUGGUCACAAUUGAUCCCAAUCUCAUCAAAGCCGUGACCAUCACUCACUUUGAAAACUUUUCCGAAACCAUCGCCUUCAAGAUUGAGCCUAAAGUGACCACGCUAGAUGUGGCUGGAGGAAUGGUGUGGCAGGUUCUGAGAAAGAACAUGAGUCCUACUUUCUCUUCUGGGAAGCUCAAGGGCAUGAUGGAACCCAUUAGCGGGAUCUGGUAUCUCGACAACGAGAUUCCAAAGAACCCCGACAUGGAUAUGAAGCAAUUGUUUCAGGCCUUUACCCUGGAGACCAUAAGUCAAUCGGCCUUUGGUUUUAAAAGUAAUGCUUUCUACACUAAGGACAGUGAGUUGCUGAAGCAUGGCGUAGAGGCCUUUUCCAGCUUUGUAACAGACAGCCUGCCAAAGAGUUUGGAAUAUGUGGUGCUGCUCCAUUUCCCGGCGCUAUUUUCAUACAUCAGCAUUUUCCCUCCCGCCUACUACAAACUAUAUGAUGUGACCACCAAUAUUAUGAAACAACGAUCUGAUCAAGGUAUCAAAAAGAAAGAUUUCCUCGCCCGACUUCAAGAACUUCUAGAGGAAAUAAAAAAUAAUCCCGAUGGUGAAGUGGGGAAAUAUCUCACGGAAGAGCACGUCACCGCCCAAGGGGCCAUUUUCUUCUUGGCAGGAUUUGAAACCACUGCCAAUACACUUUCCACCCUUUGUUAUAACUUGGCCAAACACCCGGAAAUUCAAGACAAAGUUCGAGAGGAGAUCACCAAUGUUGUGAAUGAGUGUGACGGGCGGAUUGAUUACGAUUCGGUGCAAGGCAUGAAAUAUCUGGAAGCUUGUAUCCAUGAAAACUUGCGAAUGUACCCACCGGCCACUCUGCACAUCCGUCAAUGUACAAAGGAUACAGAGAUUGCCCCCGGCCUGGUCAUCAAGAAAGGUAUGCGAGUGGAUUUCCCCAUCUACACUAGUCAUCAUAAUCCCGAGUUUUUUCCUGAGCCCGAGACUUUCGACCCGGAACGAUUUAUGCCGGAGAACGAGAAGAACAUCAAGAACCUGACCUAUCGACCAUUUGGAGGCGGUCCCCGUUUUUGCAUCGGGCAACGGUUUGCUUUAAUUGAGAUGAAAAUGGCCGUUGCCAAAUUGCUUACCAACUAUCAGAUCAGCACUUCUCCCCAAACUCACCUGAAAUUUGACAAGGGCAGCCCUUUUAUGCUCAGCUACCCGGAGCUGGUUCUUCGGAUAAAUAAACCGUAAUUAAUCAAUUGAAAA